AUGUUCCAUUCUCACGCACCCACUCCCACCCCUUUCGUUAUUCACCCUCUCCCCCCUCUCCCCCCCCCCCACCUUCCCCCCACCUUCCCCCCACUCUCCUCCCCCACCAGCCUGUGCGUGGACCAAUCGACUGACAUCAACAAUUGCGGGACAUGCAGCAACUUCUGCGACGUGUCGCUGGAUUGCUGUGGCGGCAGCUGUGUGAAUCUCAAUAACAGCAACAACCACUGCACCCACUCCCUCUCCCGCUCCAGCCUGUGCGGAGACUGCACGAUCGACAUCAACUGCAAAAGGCUGCCUUAUUUACGUCACAUUCUCCUAGCAACCACUCCCACCCCCUUACCCCUCUCCCACCCCUCUACCACCACCAGCCUGUGUGUGGACCAAUCGACGGACAUCAACAACUGCGGGGCGUGUGGCAACUUCUGCGACGUGUCGCUGGACUGCUGCGGCGGCAGCUGUGUGAAUCUCAAUAACAGCAACGACCACUGCGGCGCCUGCGGUGCGCGCUGCCCUGGGCAAUGCACCCUCGGCAUCUGCGACUACGGCGCUGCUGGUGGUGGUGCUGCUGCUGGUGGUGGUGGUAGCGGUGGUGGCGGCAGUGGUGGUGGGACGGCAAGGAGAUAG